AUGAGUCUUGCUGGUAAAGUCGCUCUUAUCACCGGCGGUGUCAAGAACCUCGGAGCUCAGACUGCUCUUGAGUUGGCGGGCGCUGGUGCCAAUCUUGCCCUACACCAUCAUUCUUCCUUCAGCCAAAAGGAUGCAGCAACCCUGCAAGCCAAGCUCAAGGAGAAAAAUCCAUCGAUCAAAGUUUCGAUUUACCAGGGUGACCUGACUUCCGCCUCUGCGGUGACGAAGCUGUUCCAAGAUGCUCUUAAAGAUUUUGGCCACAUCGACAUUGUGGUCAACACGGUCGGCAAGGUGCUAAAGAAGCCCAUCACGGAAAUCAGUGAGGAGGAGUACGACACAAUGUUCGCCGUGAACUCCAAAACUGCAUUCUUCGUUCUCAAAGAAGCCGCUGCUCAUGUGACGGAUGGUGGAAAGAUUAUAACCAUCGUUACUGCCCUUCUUGGUGCCUUUACUGGCUACUAUACUUCCUACGCUGGCAGUAAAGCUCCGGUAGAGCACUUCACUCGGGGUGUUUGUAAGGAGCUCCAGUCUCGCAGGAUCAGUGUGAACAAUAUUGCCCCAGGACCAAUGGAUACGCCUUUCUUCUAUCCUCAAGAAUCUCCAGAAGCCGUGGAGUUUCACAAAUCAAACGCCAUGGACAACCGGCUUACCAUGAUUGAGGACAUUGCUCCUAUUAUUCGCUUCCUGUGUACUGAAGGCAAUUGGAUUACUGGCCAGACUAUUUUUGCCAACGGGGGAUACACUACUCGUUAA